AUGCCUCUGAGCCUAGCAGGGAGCCUGAGAUCGCGUCUCUUGGGGCGCAAAGACCCGGGCCAGGACGGCGAGCGGUUGAGACCCAUUACAACGGCAGCUGGCGUGCCCGGAGCGACGGAAACAGAGACGGAGAGCGAUUCGCCACGCAACCUUCCAACUGCUCGAAUCACAGGUCCAGCACUUCCCGCUCCUGCGCCCUUCGCAUGUCCACCCUGGGUCUUCGCAUCUCUUUUCGUCUUCUCUCGUCUGCUCUCGAUAGUCCCCGCUGUCUUCGGGACAUUAUGGAACAUCUAUCAUAUCGUUUGGCCCCCGAGUGGUCCACCGAGCCCUCUAAGCUGGCGUGUUGACUACUUCGUUAGUGUGUUAUGGUGCUUGCAACUAACGACGGGAGUACUCAAGCGGUGGAGAGUUUACUACUCCCCGUUCGCCACUCUAAUUCGGUUGUUCGCCCUCCAAACGAUCUGCUGGCCAGCCACCCACCUGACGCUAACGCUCCUCAACCACGAGCAGCGCCCGGCCCUCUGCUGGGCUGUCAUCGGUACAACCACAUGUUACAGUCGUAGCAUUCAGUUGUGGGUGACGUCCAACAUAGGUCCCGCGCCCGCUCCUCAGCCACGAACUACCCAGCCUCCUUCGCCCUCGCCGCUUCGCCGAUCGCUCCUUGCCGGCGCGAGCGGUAUGCGGGAGGAAUGGAUCAAGUUGCGUCGUCGGCGCUGGGACUGGAACGAGGUAGUCGUCAAAUGUGUCCUACCGGCGGGUGUGAUCUACUUCAUCAUGGCUUGGGCUGACAUGUUGAGGAGGGAGUGGGAGGUUUCGAGGUGCACCUUCGAAAUGAUGUAG